GAAUCUUGGAACGUGCUCUGGUAUGGCUCUUUAUAGAAACAAUGGUGAUUUGUUCCCCGAGAGAAGAAGCAUCAUUGAUGCAGUUUUCAAUUUUCUUGGUAAAAGUGUUCAUGGCUCUAGAGUUUUCCGUCGUGGUAGAAGGCUUGGUCGGAUUACCAAACACAGACUUUCACGCUGGGUUUUCCUUCUCACCGCACUCUUUUCAAUUUAUUUAACAGUUUAUGGCCUGAAAAUGUUUUUUCAAGCUAAAAUGGAAUCUAGGUUCUCAAUACCACACAAUCUACAAGAAGAACGCAAUCUACAUUUAAAAGAAAAUAUUUUGGUAUCUGAUGAUGGAAAGACACCCAAAAGCAAGCGGCGGAAGCAUUUUCCUUGUGAAGUUGGAUUUCUGGAAUCAGUUGAUGGCCUUGUUGAACCCAAGAGUUAUAUGAACUUCACUUGGUUUUCUCUAGAGUAUGUUGACCACGAAGAAAAGACAUUCAAAACUGAUUUAUUUGAACCUCGAUUUGGAGGACAUCAGACUCUAGAAGAAAGAGAAAAAACAUUUUAUGUGAAAAACCAGACACUUCAUUGUGGUUUUGUCAAGGGGCCUCCGGGAUAUCCAAGCACUGGAUUUGAUUUAAAUGAAAAAGAUAAGGCAUACAUGUUCACCUGUAAGGUUGUGGUUUCUUCUUGCAUUUUUGGAAGCUCCGAUUUUCUCCGGAGGCCUACAAGUAGACUGAUCAGUCAUUAUUCAAAGGACAAUGUAUGUUUUGUUAUGUUCUUGGAUGAUCAAACACUGUCCAAACUUUCAUUAGAAGGAAACAGUCCUGAUGAUAGAGGGUACAUUGGCCUAUGGAAAAUAGUUAUUGUAAAAAACUUGCCAUAUGAGGACAUGCGGAGAACUGGCAAGGUGCCAAAAUUUUUAUCACAUCGCCUCUUCCCAAAUUCUAGGUAUUCAAUUUGGCUUGACAGCAAGAUGCGACUCAAUUCUGACCCUAUGCUGAUUAUUGAAUAUUUUUUGUGGCGGAGGAAGGCUGAAUAUGCCAUUUCAAAUCACUACGAUCGCCACUGUGUGUGGGAGGAGGUACUCCAAAAUAAGCGCUUAAAUAAGUACAACCAUACAGCAAUUGAUGAACAGUUUCACUUUUACCAAUCUGAUGGCCUCACCAAGUUUGAUACAUCAAACCCAAAUAAUCUUCUUCCAAGUCAUGUUCCUGAAGGUUCCUUCAUAGUCAGGGCACAUACACCAAUGUCAAAUUUAUUUUCUUGUCUUUGGUUCAAUGAAGUUGAUCGAUUUACAUCUCGUGAUCAACUAAGCUUUGCUUAUACUUAUCUGAAAUUCAGGAGAACGAAUCCUGAGAGACCAUUCCACCUAUACAUGUUCAAGGAUUGUGAACGCAGAGCAUUAGUGAAGCUAUUCCGGCACAGGGCAGUUCCAUCUCCGCCUGAUACUGCUUGAUCAGUUCCAGCUCUUUAAGGGAUACACACUGAAGGCAAAGGUAAAUAUUUGAGGUCACUUCCAGCUUGGCUAGCCUCAACGUUAAUGUAUGUUUUAAGCUGGAUCAGAGAGAGGCAAACUCAAUUACUUGCAGCACGGUGGAUUCUUAUUCUUCUUGUGGCCACAGCUGAAGAAUGAUUGCGGGUGCAUAAUUGUAUUUGUGGCCAACGAUUUUUAACUCCAUUAUGGGGUUCAAUGGAAGUUCUUUAUGAGGGAAAGGCAAGUUGAUCAAGGUUUUAGUUUGUUCAGCUUCCUCGUGUUUUGAGUUUAGUUUGGUGGAAGAGGUGAUUUUGCUAACAUGUAAGAUUAGUGUUUUUUUUUCUUCCCCUUAUUUGUGUAACAUGUAACAAGUUACAAGUCUGGCAUGACAUAAAAACAGUAAAUGCCUUUCAUUUUAUUAAGUUUUUGGUUAAUGAGGAAUUUUCUUUUUGUAACGUGUCCU